GUGGUGGUUGGUUGGAUAUUGUGAUCGUUGUGAUCCGUGGUUGGCUGUGUCCAUUUUGUGUAGUGAUUGGAGAGCAUCACAUAAUUGCAGUGAUUGGUUCUGAGCAGUUCUUUUAAAUGCAGGUGGUGUGUGAUUUAGCGCGCGAAUAAGAAUUUAUUGCAUUUGCUGGACGUUUUGUUACACACAGACCUACCAACAUUUAGUACAAAUCCAAGAUGUCAGUUUUUUUUGUGAACACUGCAGAUGGAGAGGUAGAAGGGGAAACUUCUGUACCAGCAGCAACUCCUGCUGUUGCACAGUCACAGUCAGAGGCUCAGCAAGCACUUGCCACAUUCUGGACAAAAGUUACUGAAGAGAUUCGAAAGAUUGGAACUCUGGAUUUGAAGACACAAGCACUUCCACUUGCUCGAAUAAAGAAGAUAAUGAAGCUUGAUGAUGAUGUAAAAAUGAUAAGUGCAGAGGCACCCAUGCUGUUUGCUAAAGCAGCUGAAAUAUUUAUCCAUGAAUUAACACUUCGAGCUUGGGUGCACACUGAAGAUAAUAAGCGAAGAACACUUCAGAGAAAUGACAUAGCAAUGGCAAUUACAAAGUUUGACCAGUUUGAUUUCUUAAUUGAUAUUGUCCCUCGAGAUGAAUUAAAGCCCAACAAAGGGCGAGAUGAUGCUAGUGUUCGUACUACUUCUAUGAACCCUGAUCAGGUUCACUAUUAUUUUCAACUGGCCCAGCAGCAUCAGGCUGCUUUGCAACAAACAGCCCAGCAGUCAGGUUCAGGUAACCAGACAGCAACUGCAGUACCAACUAUUCAAAUUGUGCAACCUACAACUGGACAAGUGCAGACUGUCAGCAUUGCCAAUCCAGCAGUUGAACAGACAACCACAAGCACUGCUGCUACCAGCAGUGGUACUACUGCAUCAGUGUCUACACAGCAUCAGGCUACUGCAGCAACUCAGCCACAGCAUACAGCACAGGUAAUACAGCUGCAGCAGACAAACCAAGCUGCUGUGGUGGCAGCAGCAGCAGCAGCACAGCAGCAGCAACAACAACAACAACAACAGCAGCAGCAGCAGCAGCAACAACAACAACAACAACAACAACAACAACAACAACAACAGCAGCAGCAACAACAACAGCAGCAGCAAGGUGGAGGGAUCCAGAUAGUACAACAGAUAGUCACACCAAACGGAGAGAUUCAGCAGAUUCCGAUUCAGCUGACUCCGUCUCAGCUUCAAAUGAUUCGAAUGCAAAUGCAGGGUGGAACAAACCAGCCAAUCAUUAUUCAGACAGCUCCAAUCCAAGCCAUUCAACAGCCUACAGCUCAGCCACAAAUCAUCCAGGUAGCACAGCAGUCAGGAGGAGGAACACCUGUAUACUUAACCCAAACAACAAAUGCAGGGAAUGAAACAGAAUAACAUUCAGCAGCUCAUCAGAAUCAUGAGGAAGCACUCAGCAAAAUGCAACUAACAGGAUUUCAAAUCCUCUGAUCCAUAAGAUUUGAUGUUUUGUGGAUGAAGAUUCAUAUUGUAGUGCUCCAGGUUAUAACACAGCAUUACAGUCUGGUAGCUUAGUACUAAUGUUUCUAAGGAGCACACUGCCUGCAUGUUUAUUUAAACCCUCAAAAUGGAGACAGUGUGUCCCACUGAAAUAUUGGUACCCAUUUACCAAACUACAAUAUUCUUCAAUGAAUGCAUCCUAUUGUGUGUUUAUCACUACAUAUAUAUAUAUACACACACACACACAUACACAUAUACAGGGUGUUCCUAAAAGAAUGGUGGGAUUUCAUUGCCGUCAGUUUUUGCUGACGAAAACCAAAAUGUAUACGGAUUCAUAACAUGGCUCUCAAAUUUUCAUUUUGUAUAUCACACUCUUUCCUAGUUCCAUUUCUGACAGUUAGGCAAACGAUGGAUUGGACAUGCUGCAAGUGAAGAUGCCCCCUUUCUCCAGUGGCCACCCCGGUCCCCGGGCAUAACUCCAUGUGAUUUCUUCUUGUGGGGUUAUGUGAAAGACAUGGUUUAUGUACCCCAUUGCCCCAAUCACUCUAGGAUCUCUGAAACAAUCUGUUGUGCUGUGGAGACCAUCACACCUGAAAUGCUGCAGCGGGUGUGGCAGGAAUUGGACUAUCGCAUUGAUGUGUGCCGGGUAACGAAAGGUGUGCACACUGAGGCACUUUGAUGGAUGCACAUAAAAUUGGACAGUUAAGCUUCUGAUUGACGCAUGUUAUGAUUGUACACGGCAAGAAAUACGAAAUAUAUAUGUAUCUGAAACUCCACCAUUCUU